AUGACAGCUGGAACUGUUGUGAUAACUGGAGGAAUUCUCGCGACAGUGAUACUUCUGUGUAUCAUUGCUGUGCUCUGUUACUGUCGACUCCAGUAUUACUGCUGUAAGAAGAAUGAGUCAGAGGGAGAUGCAAUUUCAGGUUCUCAGACGCGGUUUGCCUGCAAUGCGUGCAGCGCACCCAGCAUGGAUGGGGCCUCAGUCACUCCCCCCUCUCUCUCCUCUGAACCUGUGCCGCCUCGUAGCUACUGUCCAACCUGUUCUCCGUACAGCUCUCCGUUUUACAUCCGCACCACCGAUGAGAUGCGUAACGGAGGAGAGCGCAUCACCUACAUGCCCACUCGCUACGAGAACCCAACUCUCACUCUACCCACAAUGCACAGCGCCUCGCUGAGUUCCCGCAACCUGCCGGAUUUUCACGUCAACACGCGUGCCAUUAGCACUGAUGUCUGA